UCUCCGUUUGUCAUGUGACAUUUUCUACCGGAUUGUCAUUUUUGACAACUGCACAACAAUUUUCAACGAAAAAAUAGAAAGCCACUAACUUUUUAUUUAUAUGCAUUAACAUUAUUAAGUUUUCUUCAAUUAAAAGCAAAAAGAACAAAAUGGCUAAUAAAAAUAAAGGCAAUAACUCGGAGGCAAGCAAACAAGCUAAAUUAAAUAAACAAAAAUCUGAUGAUGUCAAAGAUUACAGUUCUUUUAAAACAGUUUUAUUUUAUUGUUCUUUAAUUGUAUUUCUACCAGUGGUUACCUUCUUUUUCUUGAACACCUUAGUGCUGGAUAGAUUUUUUAUUUUGACUGAAACGAAAAGCAACAUUUACUCAGCUGUGGGAGCGGUGUUGGCUUUACAUUUUGCUUUGGCUUUGUAUAUUUACCGGGCCUACUUUGGUGGUUCAACACAGAGGCAAAGGCUGAUUAAGCUAAAAAUAUGACGUGUUUUUUUAAAUAAUUUAAGUGAUUUUUUUUACCACACAAAGUAAGCAUUUUCCUGAAUUA